UUGCUUGUCUUCUAUGUGGGUUAUAAUUGUUAAUUAACUGUUGGCCACAUUGGCUGGCUGACAAGGCUGACAAGUCAGUCGGGGAUCAUGUUGCAUGCUCGCCACUGCUGCAAAACUUGGAGAGGAUGGGCCAGACCAACAUGUCUCGCUUCCGGACUGGUCCGGGCUCAACUACGGGCGUAUAGCGACAGCAAGGAGGAGUGGCGGACCAUCCCGAACGCUUUGACUGCCUUGCGACUUUGCGCGGUGCCGGGCAUUGUGACAGCAUGGUAUUUCCCAGCUCCUGUUUUUGCAGCUGGACUAUUUGGAGCAGCUGCGGUCACGGACUGGUUAGACGGCUACCUGGCAAGGAGAUGGAAGCAGCAGAGUGCCCUGGGAGCUCUACUCGAUCCACUUGCAGAUAAGCUGCUAGUCUCCACCACGCUGAUCUUGCUGGUGGAACAAGCUGCGAGCCCACAGGUGACGGUGCCAGCCGCAUUGAUCCUGGGCAGAGAGCUGGGUGUGUCUUCCCUGCGAGAGUGGGCACAGCGCUACCGCCCAGAGGCUGUGGGCAAUGUUUCUGUUGCUUGGCACGGCAAGGCCAAAGCCGCCUUGCAGCUCGUUUCGCUGCAGUGUUUCUUACUGGCGCAUGCCAUCCGUUCAGGCACUUGGCGCGUGCUCAGUUUUGGCCAACAUAGUUUCCCUCGAAUUUCUCUCGGAAAUGCACGUCCGAUGGAAGCAUGAUCUCGGCAGUCAACUUCAUACAGGCAGUUUGGCGCUGCUUUGGCUGGCUGCGGGCCUCACAGUGAUGUCAGGGCUGCAAUAUGCCUGGGCACUGAGGUUGUGAGAGAAUGACGACACGCAGGAC